AUGUUCGGCAGCAUCAAAUACCCGGUCCACGUCCUUGCAGCCCUGUCGGAAGAUGGAGAGCGUGGCAGUUUGGAGGCGGACGCCGAGAUUGCGAGUCUCGAGGACGUAUGCCCCAAGUGCGACGGGGAGUAUGUCCACUUGAAGAAUGUGUGGGUCACAGCGUUGGUCCCGGGGCCCGAUCUCGUCGAGGCCGUGCUUAAGAUCAAGGGCUGUGUUGACUGCGGGGUGGAAGCGGUGACCGGUGAUGACUGGCAAGAGCACGGCUAUUUCGUUUUCGGGGAGACUCUACUCGUCCAUCUGUCCCACAUGGACGCGACGAGGCAGGCGGUGCUUAGUGGUACGGCAAUCAGCCACGCAUUCGACAACCUCCUCCGUCCUUUGGCCGACAACCUGAUAUGGAUGACCCGGAACAAGCUGGCCAAGAGAGCGCUGACCAAAAGCUACUUGAAAAAGCUGUUGCUUGACGCGUAUCUGGCCUUCGAAGCCCUCACCGACCACCCCUAUGGCUUCUUCAGCUUCAUCGACGGGUAUUUUCCGCUUCUUUCGAGUUUUGACGGCUGCACCAAGGUGGCGACCAACAUCUGCAUCGAGAAGUACCUGCAACAGCGCAUGAAGCAAGUGAUCGACAUGGAUAUUGAUGCGAUCUGGCUCGUCAUCAGCAUGCUGUCGCCGAUGGUGUUCAGAAUGCGGCUGCAGUUCUCGCAAAACACGCCGGUGACUUUUUGCCCCCAAAGCCGCAAGUCCAACAUCAUCGUGGUACCUGCUCGUGGACAUGCCCGCGUAGCGGAGAUGCACAAGCUGCCGAUGGCCAAAAACUGAUGGAGCGUGUCCGGGAGAACAAGGAUGGCCUUGGACUGUCGGAGAUGUUGGAGGGCAUGUCGCUGGACGGGCUGAAGGACCUCUACCGUUUGUGCUUUGGGCCGCAACCGCCGGGAAUUAGCAGGAAUGUACCCCAACAGGGUGCUGUUGAUUGAGCUGUUCAAGACGGUGGAGAAGCUCUGGCGGGAGAGC